GACACUGACAGUGUUUUUGAUAAAAAAGAAGAAAAAGUGCAAAAAAUCCAGGAAAAUCAAGGAAAAUUCCACUUUAAACCAACAAAAAAGAAAAGUCAUCAUUUGUGAAAAGCUACAGAGGAAAAUACCACGAUGGACUACGAAGAUAUCGUCAAUACAGAAGAGAUUUCUUCUCAACCAGAGCGUAAAGAAACCGGAAAACGUGGAAGGAAACCCGGAAGAAAGGCAUCAACGGAAAAAAUUGAUGUGAAGGCAAAAUUAGAAAGAAGCCGUCAGAGCGCCAGGGAGUGCAGAGCCAGAAAGAAACUUCGUUAUCAGUAUCUGGAAGAGCUGGUGUCUGACCGUGAAAAAGCCGUCCUCACUCUCCGGGGUGAAUUGGAGAGGUACCGACAACUUGCGAUGGAAUUGGACGCUGGCAGAGUGCCGGACAAUCUGCAGGCAAUUCUCGAAGAAAUGGGUGCCAUGAAGCAGGAAUAGAAAGAGCCAGAAGCCAUAAAUUCAAAUUCCGAGGUAUUUUUCCACAAAGAUUUCUGAUGCUCUAACGCUCCCGGAAAAGCCGGAAUUUUUUUAAAAUUUUUUUUAAUAUAAUAUAAUAUUUUUUUUAAUGAUUAAGAGAGAUAAAAUAAUAUAUAUUUUCAUGUGUCUAUAAAAAAAAGUUUUUUUUUUGCAAAUUCUUCGGGUAAAUGAACUUUAACCCUGCAAUUAUUUUUCCCCCUGACCUCCCGUUGAUUUUCUCUUGAAGUUCUUCUCAUCGAGAAACUUCCAGCAAAGGUUAAUGGGAAAUUUACAGAGACUUUGCAAAUGAAUAUAUUUCAGAGUUUUCAUUAAAAUUCAUUUUAAAUUUUGUCAGGGGUGUAGUCAGAAUUAAAUUGAAUGGGGGUGUUUUUAGAGUUUUUUUUUUCUUUAAUUUAGAGGACAAUGAAAAUGUAAUAAAAAUAACUCCUUUAGAUAGAAGUCAAAGAUUAAACUCAUUAAAACAGAUUAGUGGUUGCUGCAUGAGAAUUUGAAGUUUUUGACGAUUUAAUUUGUAUUCCCUCGUUUCAAAUAUUUUUUCUAACGUUUUAGAGUUAUUAUUUAACCCUUGGAGGAUUUGGCUGGCCAAAGUGGCCAAUUCAACUUUUUCAAUCACCGUAAAAUUAAAAAAAAAUCUAUAAAACAUCUCAUGAUAAAUUCUACACUUGUGUAAUCGUUGAGAGAAAAUUUAGAAAAAAACAUUUUCUUUUUUAGAUAAAAAUUAAGAUCAAACUUUUGAGGUUAGAAACCUUGAUCCUUCAAUGUUUGACGCUUAAUUUAAAAUUCAUCGUUUGACAUUACUUUUUUAACGUUUGAUAAAUCUUUUCUAACGUUGGAGAGUUUUUUUUACUGUUUAACGGUAUUUUCUAAACUUUGUCCAUUCUUUUUUUAUGUUUAUCAUUAAUUUUUUAACGUUUGACUUUAUAUUCUAACGUUCAAAGUUAUUUUGUAAUGUUUAUAAAAUCCCUUUAAUUUUUUUUCAUGUAAUUCUUAGCCAUGGAAAUAUUUCCUUUAAACCCCAAUUGUCCUAACUUUUAGGGCGUUAAUCCUCCCUGACUACGUCCCUGAAUUUUAUCAUAUUAAUUUUUUUCUUCAUUCAUUUUAUUAUUUUUGCACAACUUUGAAUUAUUUUUCACAUUUUCAGAAUGAAUUUAAUAAAAAAAAUUUACAUGAUAAUUCCCUCUCAAUUGAGAAAGUAUCGAAAAACACA